AUGAAACUUACAAAGAGACAAUGUGCCGCUGAGUGUAGGCAGAUUUGUAAGCCUGGUUUUACGAAGCCUUGUCAAUGUCCUUCCAACUUUGGAGACGAACGCUGCAAAUACAAAUAUGAUUGUCAAGGACAGUUGGUGAGCCAAAAUACAACUACUUACAGAUUUUGGCGAUUGUUUUCCACAAAUGAAUGGCGUGAACUUCUGUGUGAAAUGACCGUAGAUAAUGGGGGAUGGAUUGUUUUUCAACGACGGGUGGAUGGCAGUACAGAUUUUUACAGGAACUGGACCCAAUAUGAGACAGGAUUUGGUGACCUCUCUGCUAGUUUCUAUAUGGGAAACAGUCAACUCCAUGAAAUUGUGAAAACAGGAGAUUACGAACUUAGAAUCGAAUUAGAAGAUCAAGCAAGUCAGAGGAGAUAUGCUGCGUAUACUAACUUCUUUCUGGGAGGGCCCGAAACUUCCUAUAAACUUAAGAUUUCAGGAUACCAUGGAAACGCAGAUGACGGUCUCAACUAUCACAAUGAUAUGAAAUUUUCUACCUUCGACAAUGAUAACGAUAUCCACGAAUCAGGGAAUUGUGCUGAGGACUUUCGAGCUGCUUGGUGGUACCUUAAUUGCUACCGCAGCAACCUUAACGGAGUCUACGGUAGGCACGAGGGUGGAAUGUAUUGGGUUCCUUGGCAAGGAUUUCAUGAGUCUUUAAAAUCAACUAUGAUGAUGGUUAGAAAGAAGAUUCCUUGAUGUGAAACUGACCAAAAAGCUUUUUUG